AUGUCGGACUGGGAGGAUGAAUACGGCGAGGAUGAAGGCGCCAUCUCAGAGCCUUCAGUUGUUCAUAAAGCCACGUCGAAGGCUACCUCAAAUACCAAUAUAAGGAACGAGUAUUUUGGUGGGAAGCGAGGCGGGAAAGUGGAGCGAGAAGGUCCCCAGUGGCGGAACUGGAGGGAGCGGGACAGAGAAGUGAAGUCCCCCGUGGAGAGACCCGCCUCAAACCGAGCUCUCACCCUGAACCUGGACAACUCUUUAAUAGGCAGGGUCAUAGGUCGAGGCGGAGCGACGAUCCGCGAGCUGGAGCAGUCUAGUGGAGCCAGGAUUAAGAUUAACCGUGGAGAGCAUGAGGGAGAAGUGUUGAUCUUUGGAAACAGCGAUGUCCAGCAGAAAGCCAACCAUCUGAUCAAGGAGCUGAUUGGAACGGGUAGAGCCAGUGAGCCUCGACUUCAUUAUGGUAGUAAGAGUUCAGGCUCGAAGAGUGACUCCUGCUGGUCAGAAUCUGCACCACAGGCUUCAGCUGUUUCCCCCUCUACAUCUAUAGAUUGGAAAGCCAUAAGGGAGAACAGGGGGAAAUAUGAGGCUUUGAAAUGGAAAGAUCUCCCACCCCUGAAGAAGAAUUUCUACAUUGAAUCAGACUCCGUGGCCAAGCGCAGUACAGAUGAGGUUAGAGCCUGGAGGAAGGAAAACAACAACAUCUUUGUGGAUGAUCUGAAAGAGGAAGUGAAAAGAGAAAUCCCUAAUCCUGUGUACACUUUCGAGGAGGCUUUUGCUUGCUAUCCUGAAAUAAUGGAGAACAUAAUCAGAGUGGGGUUUCAAAAGCCGACUCCCAUACAGUCUCAGGCCUGGCCUGUAAUUCUGAGUGGCCUGGAUCUGAUUGGCAUCGCUCAGACCGGCACCGGGAAGACCCUCUCCUAUCUUCUUCCUGGAUUCAUUCAUAUGGAUCUGCAGUCUGUACCCAGAGACAAGCGAGGUGGUCCUGGAAUGCUGGUUUUGACUCCCACUCGUGAAUUGGCACUUCAGAUAGAAACAGAGUGCAACAAGUACAGUUACAAAGGCUUUAAAUGUAUCUGUGUUUAUGGAGGCGGUGACAGACGAGCCCAAAUAAAGAUAGUUACCAGUGGUGUUGAUAUAGUGAUCGCCACACCAGGACGGCUGAAUGAUUUGCAAAUGAAUGAGCUAAUAAAUCUACGUUCCAUCACCUACUUGGUUUUGGAUGAGGCAGAUCGAAUGUUGGACAUGGGCUUUGAGCCUCAAAUCAUGAAAAUCAUCCUGGACAUCCGACCUGACCGACAGACCGUUAUGACGAGUGCCACGUGGCCAACAGGCGUGAGACGUUUGGCCAAGUCCUACCUGAAAGACCCCAUGAUGGUGUAUGUGGGCACUUUGGACCUAGCAGCUGUGGACACGGUGCAGCAGACAGUUUUGGUUGUGCAAGAGGAAGAGAAGAAGGCAUACAUCUUUGACUUCAUCCAAAAUAUGGAGCCUGAAGAUAAAGUGUUAAUAUUUGUUGGAAAAAAGAUUGUUGCAGAUGACCUGUCCAGUGAUCUGUGUCUGCGAGGGAUAGCAGUUCAGUCCCUGCAUGGAGACAGAGAGCAGUGUGACCGUGAAGAAGCCCUACAGGACUUUAAAGAUGGACGCGUGCGUAUUCUGGUGGCCACUGAUUUGGCCUCUAGAGGACUCGAUGUCCACGAUAUUUCGCAUGUCUUCAACUUUGACUUUCCCAGGAACAUUGAGGAGUAUGUGCACAGAGUCGGACGAACUGGACGUGCAGGGCGGUCUGGGGUUUCUGUAACCCUGGUCACGAGAGAAGAUUGGAAAUUGGCAGGUGAACUUAUACACAUUUUGGAAAGAGCUGGACAGGAGGUACCAGAAGAGCUGGUACUGAUGGCAGAGCGCUAUGACAAACACCAGAAAGAGAAGGAAAUGUUUCCUGCUCAAUCCAGGGGAGGACGAGCUCAAAGAGGAGCAAGAGAUAGGUUCAGAGGAGGCUCACAUAGGCGUUUCUGAAGAAGG